AUGGCUUACUCGGGGAAUGCUGAGCGGCAGAGAUGUUUGCAAACCCGCCGCUCUACCAUCAACUGUCUCUCAAAGGGUUUAGAGGACAACAAAACGUUCCCGUUUUCUCAGGAGAAAGCAGUCAAAGCUUGGAGCUCUCUGGAGAAUUUGGACAGUCCUAUCAUCAUAGUUGACCGUCCCAAAGAUGAGGAGAGACCUAACCAGGAGCAGAACAUCAACCUGAACAUUGGAGGGAAAGUGUUUCAUAUUCCAAAACAGUGUGCCAUUAAAUACCCUGACACCCGGAUCGGCUCCCUGGUUCUCUGCAAGGAUCGGGCCAAAGUCCUCACACUGUGUGAUGACUACUCUGUACGCAAGAAUGAGUUCUUCUUUGACCGCGAUCCUGCCUUCUUCCACCAUGUCUGCCAUUUUUACACAAGCGGCGUGCUGUGGAUCGUACGGGAAAUGUGCCCCAUCAACUUUGAGGAGGAAAUUGAAUACUGGGGCCUGAGCCUGAAGGACACCCAGCUCUGCUGCUGGAUGGUGUUUGAGGAGAAGGCAGAUGAGGUGAAGGACAACCUAAAGGUGGAUAAGGAACUGAUGGCUGAGAUCGAGGUGAAGUACAACGACGAGUUUUUUAAAGACAUGGUGUUUGGGGAUGUGCGUAAGACUCUGUGGGACAUUGUGGAGAAUCCCUACUCUUCAAGUUUGGCAAAGAUUUUCACUUUGAUCUCUAACCUUUUUGUGCUCUUCUCCAUCGUCGCAAUGAGUCUUAACACCGUGAAAGAACUUCAGGUUUAUAAAAUCAACGACAAAACACACAUGGAAUGGGUGGAGAUUAUCACCAUAGUGUUCUUCACCUUUGAGUAUGUAAUUCGCCUUAUCACCAAUCCGAACAUCAGGAUGUUCUUAAAGAGUGGACUCAACUUUGUGGACAUGUUGUCAGUCAUGCCUUAUUUCAUCCAGAUCAUCUUCGAAGCCACAAGUGACGCAGAAGAUGUAAAUGCACAGGAAGACCUGAAGGCCAUGGCUCGGUUCAGCAAGGUCAGCCAUGUCCUCAAAGUAGUUAAGUUGCUGAGGAUCUUUCGGAUUUUGAAGCUGGCCCGCCACUCAACCGGCAUGAGGGCGUUUGGGUUUACCCUGCGGCAGUGCUACCAGCAGGCCUCUUGCAUUUUGCUCUUUAUCGCCAUGGGGAUCUUCACGUUCUCUGCUCUGCUGCAUUCAGCCGAGAGGGAAACCGAGGGGUCUCCCAUCAGCAGCAUCCCGUACGCGUGGUGGUGGGCUGCAGUCAGCAUCUCCACUGUGGGCUACGGGGAUGUGGUUCCUGUUACUAUCCUCGGCCGCCUCGUGGCUUUUGGCUGCAUCUCGUUUGGUAUCAUUCUGAACGGCAUGCCCAUCUCCUUCCUCUUCAACAAGUUUUCCGACUACUACAGCAAGCUAAAGGCCCAGGAGUACAACUCUACCUCAGUCCAGCGCCGCCUUCAGCUUAAGAAGAGACUCAGACGCAGAAUGCGCAUGUGUUUCCAUCUCCCUGAAGACGACGGCGGCAGCGCAGAUGGUCACUGCGAGGUCCCAGACUGAGGACGUCUUAAAACGAAAGCCUGACCAACUGGGUGUUUGUGUAUCUCAGUGUGUUUAGUGCAGAUAAAAGAAAUAAAAGAACAUGUGAGUGAAAAUGGGAAGGAGGUCAAGUGUGGCUUUGCACAGAUGCAGAGUAUCUGGUUGCCUGAAUGACCCACUUCAUCUUUCACAUUAAACUGACAUUGGAAAAUCACAGACAAGUAGCUUAGAGACACUAACAAUCAAGUUGAGCAGUUUUCCUCUGGAUGUCUGAACAAUGACUUUUGGCACUUUAAAAAAAACGUGUCGGAAAAUGUCCCCCAAGUUUGUAACUUCAGCUGUACCCACCUCGAAUCUUAACCCCAACUUAAAGCUUGUGAAUCGUAACCGAUGAGUGCCUACAUGAACAGACUGUGGUUUUCCGUGGGAGUCGCGUAUGACUGUCACUGUUCAAGUUUCUGUUUGUGGCGGUUCAGAUAAACACAGGGGCACGUAUCGUUUAAAGCAGUAAACUUUAUUGUGUUUUCUCCUAUUACAUGCCCACAUUCUGUCAUACGGCUGUAAUUAAAGCAGACUGACGACUUGUGGGCGUCUCUACCUGUAAAUGCAUGAAGACUCUUGGUUAUUUCAACAUUAGGUAACACAGACACCAGAACGCAAAAAGGUUUCUCACAUGUUCAAAGACACCAUCAGAUUUAAACACUUUUCAUUACAGGAACAACAAACUGAUUCGGUUCUUUGAAUGAUGGAGUUCUUGAGUGUUAAUCACAUGAAGCUUUUAUGUCAUUUACCUUUUGUGUUGUUAUUUAUUU